AGAUUCCUUGGGGCAACAGAUUUCUUGAAGGAGACAUGACCUCCAACAUGAGUGUGUCUGGAAAACAGGACUUAAAGAAAGACCAGAGAAUGAUGAAGCGAAAGAGAUCAGACUCACCAGAACCCAGCUGUGUGUCCAUGGAGAGUGACGAGUCAAUGGAUCUUCCACUACUCUUCAGAGACAGAGACAGUUCUCCUGAUGUGAGAUUCCAAAAUAAGCAAUCAAACAAAAGCAGAAAGCAGUUGGAGUCCAUAUUCAGGGAGCUGGAACACAAAGUAAUCACUCUGAUAAAGAAUGAGAUGAAGAGGUUUAGGAAGCUCCUGAGUCCAGAUUACCCAGCAUGCACUGAGAGGGAGGUGGAGGAUGAGGAGGAUCUGCACAGUGUCAGAGAGGGAGCGCUGAAGAUCACACUGCACGUCCUGAAGAACAUGAAGCACACAGAUCUCGCUAACACACUGCAGAACAAGUCUGUGGCCCCUAUGUAUCAGCAAAAGUUGAAAUUUAACCUGAGAGAGAAGGUAAAAAGAGUUAAUGACGGAAUCUCACAGCAUGGAAGCGCAGCACUUCUGAAUGAGAUCUACACAGAGCUCUACAUCACAGAGGGUUGGAGUGGAGGUGUCAAUAAUGAACAUGAGUUAAAACAGAUUGAGACUCCGUCCGGAAGACCAGCAACACAGGAAACACCCAUCAAAUGUAAUGAUCUCUUUAAAGACAAAACCAUCAGAAGUGUGCUGACUAUAGGAGUUGCUGGAAUUGGGAAAACAGUCUCUGUGCAGAAGUUCAUUCUGGACUGGGCUGAAGGAAAAGCAAAUCAGGAUGUCACCUUCAUGCUUCCACUUCCAUUUAGAGAGCUGAAUCUGAUGAAGGAGAAACAUCUCAGUCUAAUGAAUCUUGUUCAUCACUUUUUUCCAGGAAUGAGAGAACUAAAAUUCAUAGCCUGUGACUCCUACAAAGUAAUGUUGAUCUUUGAUGGUCUGGAAGAGUGUAGAUUCCCUCUAAAUUUUCAGAAGAAUGAAAGAGUGCAUGGUGUGACAGAAUCAGCCCCAGUGGAUGUGUUGCUGACAAACCUGAUCAAGGGGAACCUGCUUCCCUCUGCUCUUCUCUGGAUCACCUCUCGACCAGGAGCAGCCAAUCAGAUCCCUCCUGAGUGUGUUGAUCUGGUAACAGAGGUACGAGGGUUCAGUGAUCCACAGAAAGAGGAGUACUUCAGGAAGAGGAUCAGUGAUCAGACCCUGACCAAUACACUCAUCUCACACAUGAAGUCUUCAAGAAGCCUCUACAUCAUGUGCCACAUCCCAGUCUUCUGCUGGAUCUCAACCACUGUUUUAGAGAGACUGUUUGGUGAAGGAGAGAGUGGAGAGAUCCCCAAGACUCUGACUCAAAUGUUCACACAUUUCCUGAUCUUUCAGAUCAAACACAAAGACCAAAAGUAUCAUCAGAAAUGUGACCCUGAACCACAGCAGAUCAGAGAGAGUAUCCUGGCACUGGGAAAACUGGCUUUCCAACAACUGGAGAAAGGAAACCUGAUCUUCUAUGAGGAAGACCUGAGAGAGUGUGGCAUUGAUGUCAGAGAAGCUGCAGUGUACUCAGGAGUGUGUACCCAAAUCUUUAGAGAGGAGUUUGGGCUUCACUUGGGGAAGGUCUUCAGCUUUGUACAUCUGAGUGUUCAGGAGUUUCUGGCUGCUUUAUAUGUUUUUCUGUCUUUUGUCUUUAAAAAGAAUAAUCUUUUAACUGAGCAAAACCCUAGCAUUUUAAAGUACUUCAGAAAUCCAAACAUGUCUGAUUUACUUAGGAGUGCAGUGGACAAAACCCUACAGAGUAAAAAUGGACACCUGGACCUGUUCCUCCGCUUUCUUCUGGGUCUCUCACUGGAGUCCAAUCAGACUCUCUUACAAGGCUUAAUGCUUCAAAGAGGAAGCAGCUCUCACAGCAAACAGGAAACAGUCGAGUACAUCAAGGAGAAGAUCAGGGAGAAUCCAUCUCCAGAGAAAUCCAUCAAUCUGUUCCACUGUCUGAAUGAACUGAAUGAUCAGUCUCUAGUGCAGGAAGUACAACAUUACCUGAACAGAGGAGGUUACAGCCGUGUCAGUGGAACCAGACUCUCUCCUGCUCAGUGGUCAGCUCUGGUGUUUUUGUUACUGAACUCAGAACAGGAGCUGGAAGAGUUUAAUUUGAUGAAAUACGACCCAUCAAAUGAAUGUCUGCUGAGGCUGCUGCCAGUGGUCAAAGCCUCCAGAAAAGCUGUACUGCGCUUGUGUAAUCUGACAGAUGAGAGCUGUAGAGUUCUGUCUUCAGUUCUCAGCUCAAACUCCUCCAGUCUGAGAGAACUGAACCUGAGUAAGAAUUAUAAACUGCAGGAUUCAGGAGUGAAGCUGCUCUCUGCUGGACUGGAGAAUCCACACUGUACACUGGAGAAACUAGAGAUGAGUUACUGCAGUAUUACAGAUGAAGGUUGUGCUGCUCUGGUUUCAGCUCUGAGGUCAAACUCCUCAUCACACCUAAAAGAGCUGAAUCUAAACAACAAUCAACCAGGAGAAUCAGGAGUGAAGCUGCUCUCUGAUCUACUGAAGGAUCCACACUGUAAACUGAUGACACUACAGUUGCGUGGAUGUAAUCUGACAGAUGAGAGCUGUAGAGUUCUGUCCUCAGUUCUCAGCUCAAACUCCUCCAGUCUGAGAGAACUGGACCUGAGUAACAAUAAACUGCAGGAUUCAGGAGUGAAGCUGCUCUCUGCUGGACUGGAGGAUCCACACUGUACACUGGAGAUACUGAGGCUCAGUGUGUGCAAUCUGACAGAGGAAAGCUGUAAAGUUCUGUCCUCAGUUCUUGGCUCAAACUCCAGUCUGAGAGAACUGAACCUGAGCAAGAAUAAUCUCCAGGAUUCAGGAGUGAAGCUUCUCUCUGCUGGACUGGAGAAUCCACAUUGUACACUGGAGAUACUGAGACUGUGUGAUUGUAAUCUGACAGAGAAAAGCUGUCGCGUUCUGUCCUUAGUUCUCAGCUCAAAGUUCUCCAAUCUAAAAGAACUUAACCUAAAUGGGAAUAAGCUGCAGGAUUCAGGAGUGAAGCUGCUUGCUGCUGGACUGGAGAAUCCAAACUGUACACUGGAGAUACUGAGGAUGCCUUACUGUAGUAUUACAGAUGAAGGUUGUGCUGCUCUGGCUUCAGCUCUGAGUUCAAACUCCUCAUCACACCUAAGAGAACUAAAUCUGCAUGAUAAUAAUCCAGAAGAAUCAGGAGUAAAGCUGCUCUCUGAUUUAUUGAAGGCUCCACACUGUACCCUGGAGAGACUAAAAAUUAGGAAUUUUGAACUCACCAGGGAGGUCAUAUGACAAGAGUCUCAGCUCAGACCCCUUCUCAGCAUAAAGAA